GCAGAAAACACAGAGGAGAGCAUGGACGUCAUCAGGAAGGCAUUUGAAGAAAACUCAAACGAACAAAACGCUCCGAGCAAGUACUCAGCAUCGGCGAACCUCAACCUGCUGUGCCGGUUCUCAGCGCGCUACCGCACGGGCGUCUACCCUUACGGCGUGUGCACUCACUUCAUCUAUGCCAGCGUGCCGAACCGAGCGAGGCCCGACUCGCCGCACGAAAACAAGGACGUGCUCUACAGCUACGACCCGGCGGCGUUCAAGAAGUUCCUGCACUUGCGCGACCUGGCUGCCGACGUGCGACUGCUUCUCUCGGUCGAUCUGGACGCGAUGCUGCGGACGGGCUGGUCUCCCAGGCGUCUCGCCUCGGACGCCCGCGUGUGGCUCGACCGCAGCGGCGUCGACGGGCUCCACCUGGACGGUUUGGACAUCCUGCCCAGGAACAUCCGCAACGUCAGCGAAAUCGUUACGGCCCUGCGCAAGUCGUUCAAGCGCCAGUACCUGCUCACCGUUGGCAUCGACCGCACCCAGAAGAUCGUCGAGGACGAGCUGCUCAACCUCCUCAAGCUGGUGGACUUCGCCAGCUUCUCGACGAGCCACAUUCGGCACACGGACGAGCGCACCACGUUGUCGAACCCGUACACGAAGUACGAGAACAGCACUUCCGGCCUCUUCUUGAGCCGAGAAGUGAACCAUCUGGCCAAGCUUGCUGCGCGAUCACCGAAGUCUCAGGUGUGCUUCACGCUCGUGCUGGGAGGCAACCAGUUCCAGCUGCGCGACUCUUCUGAGCACGGACUCGGAGCUCCGGCGAAGCACGUCAAGGACGUUUCCUACUCCGAGAUAUGCAAGCGGGAGUGGAGCGAGGUGAAGUACAUCGAGCCGGCCAUCGGCUUCUACGCACGCAGCGGGAAGACAUGGGUCGGCUACGACACCGAGAAGACCAUCGCCGCAAAGGUGCAACUAGCCUUGCGCAAGUACCCGGACUUCUGCGUGAUGCUGGUACAGGUGGACAAGGAUGACGUCCGCGGCAUCUGCUCCGAGAGGCACUUCCCUCUUGUGCAGAGCGUCAAGCACGCCAUGCGCCACUACCACCGACAGGCGCCGGCUGCUGAAUCGUAGAGGAAACCGCUAAGGGCCAAUACGAUCGCACGUUUGCUUCGGUAAUAAAAAGAAUGUGGCCCUAAAUUCAGCGGGAUUAUCCUGGAGUGAAGCCUGGAUUGGUUUGUGCAUUUUGCGUUAGUUGUUGACAGCAGGUAGAAAGUAUAUGGUUGAGGUCCUUCCCUCGGUGCCCCUAUCCUUCUGAACGAACAGCUGCGCCAAAACACUCACUCUCCCUCAUGCAUUCGCCUAGGACAGGGUUCUCAAACUCAUCUCAGCUAGCGGGCCUCAGUCACAACA